CACUGGGAGCCAAUCUUUACCAUCUCUGAUCUUCUGCAGAGAUCUUGAAUUCCAAAGAAGCCAGCUUGCGGUCUUCUCGCUCCAAUCAUCCCUCCAUGGCCGACACAGCAAACCUGCAGCAUAGCCGCAGCAACGGUCAUGAUCACCACCCGCACUUCCUUGUGGUGGCUUACGGCAUCCAGAGCCACGUCAAUCCUGCGCAAGACCUCGCCCGCCGCCUCGCCAGCAUCGACGCUUCAGUCGUGUGCACCCUCUCCGUCCAUGUCGCCGCCCACCGCCGCAUGUUCCCGUCGCUCGCCUCCCCCGACGAGGAGACCACCGACGGUGUCAUCUCCUACGUACCGUUCUCCGAUGGCUACGACGACAGAACGGAGCCGAUCCCCACCGAGGAUGAGAGCGCACGCAGCCGCGGCGCAAGCUUCCGUAGCCUCUCGUCGGUGAUCUCCCGGCUCGCGGCCCGUGGCCGGCCGGUCACAUGCGUCGUGUGCACCAUGGCGCUGCCUGCCGUGCUCGACGUUGCUCGGAAGCACGGCGUCCCGCUCGCCGUGUUCUGGAACCAGCCAGCCACCGUGCUUGCUGCCUACUACCACUACUACCAUGGCUACAAAGAUCUCAUCGCGUCGAACGCCUUUGACCCGGCAUGUGAAGUGACCUUGCCUGGGCUACAACCCCUCCGCAUGCAGUGCUUGCCAUCCUUUUUAGUUGAGAAAACAAGCAUCGGCCUGUCCAAGAUGGUCAUCGAUGAUUUUCAGGAGCUUUUUGAGUUCAUCGACAGGGAGAAACCAAUGGUUCUUGUGAACACAUUCAACGAGUUGGAGGCUACCACACUCGUAGCCAUGCAACCAUACUUGAAGGAGGUGCUUUUCAUCGGCCACUUCGCUAGAUCAUCAGCUAGAGCAAGAAUCCAUAUAUUUCAGAAGGACAAAAAGAGCUACAUGGAGUGGCUUGAUGCCCAACAGGAAAGGUCAGUAAUUUACAUUUCAUUUGGAAGCGUACUGACGUAUAGUAAACAACAACUGCAAGAGAUUGCACAGGGAUUGGAAGAGAGUGACAGGCCAUAUUUAUGGGUGGUCCGCAAAGAUGGACGUGACGAAGAGGUGGAAAGCUUUCUGGCGAAUAACACUGACCAUAGGAAUGGGAUGGUGAUCGAAUGGUGUGAUCAACUCGAUGUGCUAUCACACUCCUCUAUUGGGUGUUUUGUUACACACUGUGGGUGGAACUCGACAGUGGAGUCUUUGGCAUUUGGUGUGCCUAUGGUUACAGUUCCAAAUUGGUCAGACCAACCCACAAUUGCAUAUUUGGUGGAGGAGAAAUGGAGGGUUGGCACUAGGGUGUAUCGUGAUGACCAAGGGAUUAUAGUUGGGACGCAGCUAGCAAAGGAAAUUGAUUUUAUUAUGGGAGACAAUGAGGUAGCAUCAAAGAUAAGACAAAGAGCAAAUGAUUUCAAACAAAAAAUACAUGAGGAGGCAACAAGAGGUGAAAAGUCUGAGAUGAGUCUCCAAAUCUUUGCCAAGACAAUGAUAGGAUUAGGGAGGUGGGGACUAAAAAUAAUAUGAAUAGGAAACUGUACAUAUAUGUAUCAAAUCGUGGUUCAACCAAAAAGUUCCUGACCACACAUGACAAUUUUGCAAGCCCCCUUGCCGUCCGGGCCAAACUGCAAAAUGGCCACCGCGUCGUCAUCGCCGG